UUUAAUAUGAGGAAGCUGAAAGUGGGCUAAUGAGUGAGUGAAGAGAGAAAAGCAGGUUGUGCGAGAGCUACAAAGGGAAAGAAACACCCUACACCCUUCCUUUAGCCUCUGUUGGCUUCGUCGGCUGCUGUUUUAUUAUUAUUUUUAUAAAUAUAUAUCCCUUUGGACAGCUUGGUGGGAUUUCUUUCGGAAAGAAGAACAAAAAUCUAAACGUUUUACGGGAAAGAAAAAUCAGUUCGUCGCCUCAAAAUCAAACAUCCGCGAAGGCUAGCUAACACAACCGAAACAUUAAGCUAAGCUAACAUUAAGCUAAGCUAAGCGAACUAUUCUCCUCGUAACUUUGUUUUUUUUUCUUUCUAAAAAGGCUCAUUUGUGUUUGUUGGUGAAAUUAGUGAAAGUGUAAUAGCUUUACUUAAAAAAACAAAAAAACAAGUCGAUUGUGUAUAGGAUUGUCGUCGCUACAGUUGUCUCGCGCGCACAGAUUUUAAGGGCUCUGAUUUGUGUUUAAAACCUCCAUCGCGGUGAUUUCAGACCUGAUACAGCUCAGCUGCACUGCUGUGCGAAUUAAACAGGGUUUAACAGCGUCUUGAGGAAAGGGUGUAGUUGUAAAAAAUGGCCGGAGUGAACAGUGUAGAAGCGGUGAAGCGCAAGAUUAAAGUUCUGCAGCAACAGGCGGAUGACGCCGAGGAGAGAGCCGAGGUCCUGCAGAGACAGGUCGAAGAGGAGAAACGCUCCAGGGAGCAGGCCGAGGCGGACGUUGCCUCGCUGAACAGGCGCAUCCAGCUGGUCGAAGAGGAGCUGGAUCGAGCUCAGGAGAGACUCGCCACAGCUUUGCAGAAACUGGAGGAGGCAGAGAAGGCUGCAGACGAGAGCGAGAGGGGCAUGAAGGUGAUUGAGAACAGGGCCCUGAAGGAUGAGGAGAAGAUGGAGCUGCAGGAGGUCCAGCUGAAGGAGGCCAAGCACAUUGCCGAAGAAGCAGACCGCAAAUAUGAGGAGGUGGCUCGUAAGCUUGUCAUCAUCGAGGGGGAUUUGGAGCGCACAGAGGAGCGAGCAGAAGUUGCUGAGGCCAAUAGACGCCGAUUGGAGGAGCUGCUGAGGAGUUACGACCAAACGCUGAAGAGUCUGCAGGCAGCUGAAGACAAGUAUUCCCAGAAAGAGGACAAGUAUGAGGAAGAGAUCAAGAUUCUCACGGAUAAGCUGAAGGAGGCUGAGACUCGCGCCGAGUUCGCCGAAAGAUCAGUGACCAAACUUGAGAAGACGAUUGAUGAUUUGGAAGAUGAAUGCACAGAAACUGAGUGCAAGGCCAUUAGAGAAGAGCUGGACCAUGCUCUUAAUGACAUGAUCUCCAUAGAGGCUCGCCACCGCUAAAGAGGAGAACAUCAAGAUCCACGCCACGCUGGACGCCACUCUGCAGGAUCUCAACAACUUCUAAAAGUCUGCACCCCCACUCUGUCCUCUCUCUCCCCUCUUCCCUUCCUCAGCCCACUUUUCUACCCACUUUACCCCCUUCAAUUAUUGCUGGGUGGCUGAACAAGGGCAAGUUGCUUUUUUGGUAUAGGUAGCACUUUAGCUUCAUUCCUCACUUUCCAGCUUCAGCCCUCAGUAUUUGCCUGGUUUUCCUUAAUUUUUUGUCAUGUAUCUAGCUUUUUUUUUUUUUUUUUUUUUUUCCCUCCUUGUGUAGGCUCUGCCCUUUUCUUUAAACAAGACUACAUAUGAUAAGGCACCAAUGUCUGCAAGUCGAAAUAUUCCUGAUUUGAUUGAUUCAUUUUGUAAUUAUGCGCGAUUAGAUAAUGAGAUGGCUCACUUUUUUCAGAUUUCUGUGUUCUGGUUGGUUUACUAGUCCCACAGUGCAAUAUUAACACAAUAUUAGUAUAAAGAAUUGGAAAGGUCGCAGUGCACAAUAUGACUCUUCCUCCGUGACUCUUUGUAAUUGCUGCCCCAUUCGUUUUAACACUCGAGCACUAUUCAUUAUAACAAAUAUUUGUAUUCUACUGUGCCAAUGCCAUGCGGGACCAUUAUAUUAUAUUGUACUCUUAGCCAUGCAGUUUGCUUAGAAAAGAGUUAAGACCCAUUACUAUAAUUAUGCUUAAUCAUCUCAGUUGAAUGUUUCCUCUUUUCUUGUUAUUCUGCAAAACAAACAGGACCAUCUCUAAACGGUUUUGAUUCAACCUUUCCAUUUCUUUAAGGCUUAGUUGUAGAGCAGCAAACACUAGGCAUAAGAUUUGAGUCUGAUCUAAGGUGAGAAAAAUGUAGUUAAACCAGUCUUCGUUUUUUUGAGGCGACGGCUUGUUCGUCUUUUCCUCUUAAGGUCACAACCGAGUUAGAGGCGGAGAGACGGGACAUCACAUUUCCACUGCCAAAAUCAAGGUGAAAGGGUCAAUAGAGAGAGCAAGAGGCUGAAUAGUUAAAGGUAUUAUCUGAGAAUCUCUUCAGUGUACUGUCUCUUCUGUGUACACUUUGUCGAGUGAAUUAAGAACUUCAACGCACCAAGAACCUUUUUAACUGGAAUUGCAAAGUUCAAGAUGUAAACAUUUUGCUAUCAGUGUUUCAUUGUAAUAAUGACACAGGAUCAAAAGUCUUUUUUUUUUUUUUUUUU